UAUUUCAAUGCCACGCCUCUUCUGGAACACUAACAGGAAGUAAUGAGCUUGUGAUUUUAGUUGAGAAAGCGUGACCUAAUUCCUCAUCUGGGUCAUGUAGCCUUCAUUUAAUCAGAGCGAUCUAAAGAGUAGACUAGAAAUAUUAGCUUUUUCUGCUUUCCCGCUGUUCAUUGUUGGUCUUUUGUGAGACCGAAUUUCGUGUGAUGAGGUGACAACAAAGGAACCGCUUUUUUGAAGGUGAAUGCAAUAUACCAGCAUCUGUGGUCUAACUUGGAUAGGCUACUGGUGGUUUGACACACACACAGCAUAGGAUAUGUGGUGGUUCCAGCAGGGCCUGUGUAUUCUACCGGUGGCUCUGGUAUUAUGGACAGCGGCCACGUUCAUCUUUGCUUACAUCACUGCUGUGCUGCUGAGACAUGUGGACCCACUGGUGCCAUACAUCAGCGACACUGGGACAGUUGCCCCAGAGAGAUGUGUGUUUGGAAUCAUGCUGGACAUCUCAGCAUACUUAGGCAUAGCCACCAUGUACGUACGCUACAAGCAGGUCCAAGCCUUGACAGUCGAAGAGGAGUCGAAGCUGCAUAAACUCAACCUCUUGGGUUUGGUGCUGGGAUGGACCAGCUCCUUUGGCAUGUGCAUUGUUGCUAACUUUCAGAAAACGACUCUGUUCUCCAUGCACCUGGUGGGGGCAAUAUUGACGUUUGGCGUGGGGGCACUGUACAUCCUGGUGCAGACCUUGGUGUCUCUGUACAUGCAGCCUCACGUCCACGGGAAGAGCAUCUUCUGGGUCCGACUCGGCAUCGGAGUCUGGACCUUCGCCAGCAUCAUCAGCAUGUUUGUGUCAUCUGUCAUCAUGUACAGCAGUCUACCCGGAGUGGACGUGGCCCAUAAACUGCACUGGAUACCUGGAGAGACGGGCUACAUCCCUCACAUCAUCAGCACCAUCUCUGAGUGGUCUCUGGCUCUCUCCUUCGUCAGUUUCUUCCUCACCUACAUCAGAGACUUCCAGAAAGUAACGCUGCGGACAGAGGUGGACCUACAGAGCAAUCACCUCUACGAUUCUCCCCACUACAGCAUCACUGCACAGGUCAACCAAUCUGAGACCUCCCCACUGAUGGCGGGGGGCAUCUGAACAGGACAACUCCUAGUGUUGCGGUUGAGUCGAGCUGUAAUUAUGAACAUACUGAAUGGAAUCAAUGAGAAUGUUGAGGGUGUAAUCAACAAGCACUAUUAUAAACAGGGUGGUUCGAGCCCUGAAUUCUGAUUGGUUUGUGGUAUAAUGGCAAUAUACCACGACUAAGGGCUGUAUCCAGGCACUCCGCAUUGCGUUUUGCGUAAGAACAGCCCUUUGCCGUGGUAUAUUGGCUAUAUACCACAACCUCUCGGGCCUUAUUGCUUAAAUAUACCGCUGAAAAGACCUAAUUCUCAGAUAGUGUAAAUUCCACAUGCCCUUUUAUACUGACAUUUUGGUUCUUGUUAGAAAGUAAUUAUAUUUUUCUUAAACCUAAAGGGGAUCGAUCCGCUGAUAAAGACAUGUCUUUUUUUUCAGUAGUCAGAACACAACUAACCGGUAUGCUAUUCUCUACCAGCCUCUCGAUGGUGCCAAAGAAUCGUCAAGAUGUUUGUUUCGGCUUUCUUAGCGCAACAAAUGCUCAUUGUUAGAUUUAUCUUACGUUUGUCUUUCAUGAGAAUUGAUAUCAUUAGGUGGUUUACAGCAAGGCACUUGAACUAAUUAACUAGAAUAUGAUUUAUUUGCUCUACUUUACUUUGCUUUGGGAUGCUAACUUUAAUGUUGCUCUCACUCUGUUAAAGUAGGAUAAUAUAAGAAUUGGGUUUGGCUGUAGGUUUGGUCAUUUGUGAAUUAUGGAUUUUCUUGGGAUGCUUUUCUAUUAGUUUUUAUGUUUCUAUUUUCCCCAAUGAUCAUCUCUAUUACCCAUAAAAAGUCAUGUGAAUUUCUCUUUCCUGUAGAAUGGAUACAAUAUUGGUGAGAUGUAAGGAGGUGCUUAAUACAAGAUUUUUGGUUAUUUUAAGAUGUUUGUUUCUACUAAAAGUUUAUUUUGUUACAGUAUAUAAAACAUUUCAGCUGGCCACUUUUUGCCACCAGUUUCUAUAACCACCUGGAGGUGUGUGGAGGUAUUGCUGUUAACUGGCCUGAAUAAUUCCAUCAAUCUGUUUCAUGUUAACCUAAUCACCUAUGCAGUAACUACAUAGAAGCUUUACUUGUCUCAUUCUCAUAAGAAUGAAAAGCAUCAAAUUCACUGUUGUUUAUUAAGGCUUUAUAACAGAAUAAAACAUUUUACUUCUAAUGCCGUUAUAGAUUAAAGCAAUAACAAGAUAGUUAUGACAUUUAUUGGUAUAUUGAGUCAUUUACAUCGUACCAUACUAUUAUACAGUAUAUAUUUAGUCAUACAUUUCAUGAGAAUGAUACACACAUCUAAUUGUACUUAAACUAAACUGAACAAAAACAUUAACAAAAUGUGUUAAGUGUUGAUCCCAUGUUUCAUGAGCUCAAAUAAAAGAUACCAGAAAUUUUCCAUA